AUGCUGCUUAACACUAUUGAUGAUUGGUCCCCGAUUGUAGGAGAUUAUUACGCGCUGGCGGCGACGCUGAGCUGCGUUGUUUCGCAGCAAACGGCGGCGGUGGCGCCCACCACAGAGGACAGCGAGGAACCUCCAGAAGGCUACUACGCCUUCGUGGAGUCACCGAACGCCACACCUCCGAGGGUGCGCGGUCCGCCGUACCGGCAGGGGUCGGCGCCGUGCCCGGGGCGGGGCGCGGGCCGGCCCCACGUGAGCGCGCACAACCUCUGCGGCGACCUCAACCGCGGCCUCAUCCCCAGGAACCCGCUGGGGCAGACGCCCGACGGCCAGCCCUACCCCUUCGAGUUGAUCCGCAACGAGACGCUGCGGUUCCUCUCGCGCACGCUGCCCGUGCUGCGCGCGGACGACGCGCUGCCACGCGUGGCGCACGUGGCCAACGCGGCGGCCGUGGCAGGCGUGGCAGGCGUGGCAGGCGCGGCCGGCCACCACACGCGGUACGACCUGCCACGCGUGCCCGACUUCGCCGGCAACAGGCUGGAGGAGCGCGCGAAGCGCAGCGCCGCCCUCGAGGGGGAGGUGGAGGGGGAGGUGGAGGGCGAGGGGGAUGGGGAGUCCCCUCAGCCGGCGAUGCAGCACCGGGCGGCGGAGUCGGCGGAGGCGCCGCGCGAGAGCCGCAAGUUCUGCGACGGCGGCGGCGUG